AUGACUGGUGAUUUGGCGGCAUUCCAGUCGGCGCUGCUGCCUUGGCUCAUCGUCGGAGCGGUGAUUGCUUUCAUUCUUGCGUUUGCAAUCGGUGCAAACGACACUGCAAACUCGUUUGGGACAAGUGUAGGCAGCAAAGUCGUCACGCUUACUCAAGCAUAUAUUCUAGCCAGUAUAUUCGAAACACUGGGAGCAUGCCUUCUCGGCGACAAGGUAACGGAUACGAUGAGGAAGGGGGUGCUUGAUCUGUCUGUUUAUAAUAAUAGCGAAGGAGAACUCAUUUAUGGUCAAAUCUCCAUCCUUUCCGGGUGCGGGGCCUGGAUGUUACUUGCAACAUUCUUCAAGCUUCCAGUCUCUACAACUCAUUCUAUCGUUGGUGCAACAAUCGGGUUUUCUUUGAUACUCAAAGUUGGAUCAUGGGUGAUAUCUCCUCUUCUGUCCGGUCUUGUUUCAGUUAUUUUCUUCGUCUUCAUUGAUCACAUCAUUCUUAGAAGGAGUAAUCCACUAAAUAGUGGCCUCAAAAUAUUGCCUGUACUUUACUUCUUAUGCAUGACUUUCAACGUCUUUGCUAUCAUUUAUGAGGGAUCCGAAUAUCUCUACUUCAACCACCUUACUCUGAAACACUGUGCAAUCAUCUCGUGUCUUUUUGGUGUGGUUUCUGCUAUUCUCGCUAAAUUCGUCAUCGCUCCUUGGUUGAAACGUAAUAUUCUCGCUCGCAGUAACCUUGAAUCGAACAGUUUAAAUGAGUUAAAGGUAGCCAAUGGGCAAACAACUACCCUUCUCGAAAUCCAGAGCGAGACUCCUAUUAGGGAAAAGGAAGCGAGGGCAGUUAGUUCAUCCGGACACGCAUUGAAUACCAUCGCGCCAUCGUCUUCUAUUGCUUCAUUCUUUCGCUCUUCGAAACCAGAAGAUCCGCAGACAGCGCUUCUUUUUUCGCUUUUGCAAGUCAUGACUGCUUGUUUUGGGGGUUUUGCUCACGGCGGAAACGAUGUUAGGUACAUUCUGCUUUAUGGAGCCGUCGGCAUGUGUAUCGGGCUUUGGCUGUUAGGCCAUCGUGUCAUCUACACUGUCGGUGAAAAUCUUACCAAAAUCACGCCUCCGAGUGGAUUUGCUAUCGAGUUUGGAGCCGCUGUGACCGUGUUACUGGCAUCUAAGCUCGGUCUUCCUAUUUCUUCCACUCAGUGCAAGGUUGGGUCUGUUGUGGCAGUAGGACUCGUACAGGCGAGCCAUUCCGUUCGUUGGCACACAUUUCGGAAUAUUUCACUCAGCUGGAUUGUCACACUGCCUGUAGCUGGUGAGGUCGAAUCUUAA